AAGUACAUCUUUACUCCGCAAAUUUUUCACAAGAUAAUCAGUCAAAGAGAAGAUCUACUACUCCUUUACUAAUACCGAUUAAUGAUAGGCAGUGCUUUAGUAUUUCUUUUCCACUUUUAUUAACACCUAAAAGUUUUCAAGAAGAUACUCAUCAAAGACUUAACAGUUUCGCCAACUCUGCCCAAGAAAACUAG